AUACCUCUGAUGCUAUUAUUACAAAGCGCCAUCUGCUUCCUGAUUGGUCAGCUCUGGAAGGCUGUGUCCAGUCAAAGUGGACUUCACCUCAUUAACAUAAUUGACGCCGCCCAAGCCGUUCAAAAUGCCCUCUACCCUGAAAGACGAGAAAAAACAUUGAAAUAUAUAUCUCGUCAUAUUACAAGAUUCCUAACGUACCAAACCAGUUAUAGAGGUGGCUGGUGUCGCGGCCUCAAGGCGUUUCUGGCCGUUAGGCUGCACUUGAAGUUUGGACAAAGAUUUGGAAACUAUCUGUCAGUCUUCUACAUAUUCCUAAAAAUCAUGAAUAUCGCAAACGUGUUUCUACAAUUCUUCUUGAUUGGCAAGUACCUGGGAGGGGCUUACCACUACCUCGGGUUUUUCACCAUUCCAAAAUUCAUCCACCUCACAAACCGCCUCUUCCCAAAGGUCACAUUUUGUGAUUUUCGGAUUCGCCGGAUCACCAGCUCCCAUCUGCACACGGUUCAGUGUGUACUCAGUGCCAACUUCAUCAACGAGAAGGUCUUUAUCAUCCUCUGGUUCUGGUUGGUGUUGCUCCAGUCUUUGAACGUGUACAGCUUCGUCGUUUGGUUCAGCAGACUCUGCGUCAAAAAAUUCCGUCGAGAUUACGUGAUUAGGCAGAUGUUGAUGAUUCGGAAUCGAGGGUUCGGAGUGGGAUUGGGAUUUCAGGAAGACUACGAACAACUACUUCAAUCGUUCGCCGACAAUUUCUUACGACAAGAUGGGAUAUUCGUCUUGAAAAUGCUUGCGAAAAAUUCGACUCGACUCGUCGAAUCUGACAUCAUAGCUUUACUGUGGGAA